UGUGUAGAACUACAUUACCCAUAAUCACCGCGGUGAUUGAACGCGUCACUAAAUCAACAUGGCGGCGGCUAGGGUACUCGCAAGAGGUGUCCGAUUGGGUUCAUAUAGCAUCGGUAGAAGUCGCAGUUUAACAUUUAGCGGUGUACAGAGACGAGGAAUAGCAGCUUGCGUUGAUCCCUCUAUAGGACUCACAGAUGAACAGAAAGAGUUUCAGAAGGUGGCAUUUGACUUUGCUGCCAACGAGAUGGCACCACAUAUGGCAGAAUGGGACCAAAAGGAAAUGUUCCCGGUGGAGGCCAUGAGGAAAGCCGCCCAGCUGGGGUUUGGUGGGAUUUAUGUGAACCCUGAUGUUGGGGGGUCGGGACUCUCUCGUCUGGACACCUCUAUCAUAUUUGAGGCUUUAUCCACAGGCUGUGUCAGCACUACCGCAUACAUCAGUAUUCACAACAUGUGUGCCUGGAUGAUAGACACAUUUGGAAACAAUGAGCAGAGGGAGAAAUUCUGUCCUGAUCUCUGCUCUAUGCAGAAGUUUGCUUCAUACUGUCUCACAGAACCUGGUAGUGGGAGUGAUGCCGCUUCGCUUCUAACCAGCGCGAAACUCCAAGGAGAUCAUUAUAUUCUGAAUGGCUCCAAGGCGUUCAUCAGUGGAGGUGGAGACACAGAUGUUUAUGUGGUCAUGUGCAGGACAGGUGGGAAGGGACCUAAGGGCAUCUCCUGCCUGGUGGUUGAAAAAGGGACCCCGGGACUCAGCUUUGGCAAAAAAGAGAAGAAGGUAGGUUGGAAUUCGCAGCCAACCCGAGCUGUGAUAUUUGAGGACUGCGCUGUCCCAGUGACCAAUCUGCUUGGAGCAGAGGGGGAGGGCUUCAACAUUGCCAUGAAAGGCCUAAAUGGAGGCAGAAUUAAUAUUGGUGAAUUGUUUCAUAACUUUGAUUUGAAACCUUUUUGAUAACCUAUUUAUUUUGACAGAUUUGUGUUCUGGUCAUUUGAACCCAGAGAGGAUUGGAUUAAGACUUACUGACUUGCUCACACUUGACC